AUGGCCUCACUUAGAACUGCCGCAAUCUCACUUGCAGCCACUGCUGUAUACGCCUACCCAACAACGGAACACUCUGGAGCAUCGACGAUAAGCAUACCAAAGACUGCAGAAGGUGCCUCGAUCCCACAUAGCAACUCCUUCGCGUCAUUCUCAUUCGAACCCGCCUUCUGGGUUGACUUCUUCGGAAAUGCUAGCAAUCCGAACAACCUCACGUUCAGCGUUCUGGAAAGGAUCCAUGAGCAUGGCGGAAGCCCCGUCAUACGGCCUGGGGGUAUCACCAUGGACAGUAUGGUCUUCGACAAAGAAGGCGGCGAUGUAGUGCGUACCACCAGUCCAGAAGGCGGCGUAUGGCGGACUACUGUCGGACCAGAUUACUACAAGAGUUGGAGCAACUUUCCCAAUGGCACCAGGUUCAUAUCAACUCUCAAUUUCGGCAACGAGAGCUUGGAGAUUUCUACGGGCCUUGCAGUCGCGUCGCUCACAUACCAGCCUGACAAGGUCGCGUAUUUGGAGCUGGGAAACGAACCAACCAACUACGAAGAAAGCAGGUGGAACGAUUCGACAGCGGCCUAUGUGCAGGAAUGGAAACAGUACACAGCUAGUAUUGAUGCCGCGUUGGAUGCGUUGAACAAUUCGGAUCUACCCCAAGAGCGCUGGUGGGCGUCUUCCGCAACAACGGAUGACUCAGGCCUGGAGGUUCGACCUGCUGCGCUGAUCCCAGCAGGCAUCGACUCAGAGGACCAGGUCGGCGUCUAUUCAAUACAUUCAUAUGCCUUCUCGACCUGCGAUCCCGAACGCGCGGCCUUGGCUACCAUCGAAAACAUUCUCAAUCACACUGAGCUCACACGCUACUGCGAUGAAGAAAUCUACCCAUCUGCCCGCGCUGCUCUAGAUGCAGGAAAAAGCUGGAACAUUGGUGAAUUCAACUCCGUUUCUUGUUCCGGCGCACCGAAUGUUACCGAUACAUUUGCACAAGCACUCUGGGUCGUAGAUAGUGAACUCAUCUACGCGACACGAAAUGCCAGCUCCACGCAUCUACACCAGGGGGCUACACUUGCCCUCCAAUCGAACCAACAGCUCAACAAGCCUGGUGCAAAUGGCAGUCCCGGCUUUAGCACUUAUUCGAUGUUGUACCCCCGCGAUAGCGACUUGAGAGGUCCAUCACGUACUUUGCCUUCUUUUAUUGCGCAACUUUUCAUGGCUGAGGCUUUUGCUGUGCCUGAGACUCGGGUACGCGCUCUCGACCCACCCGCUGGCGUCGAUUCGGAGUCCUUCUCUGCGUAUGGCUUUUACGUAGAAGACCGCCUGUCCAAGCUUGCUCUUGUCAAUAUGAAGCCCUUUUAUGCCAACUCAACUGAGGACUUUUCGGUACAUGUCGAUCUAUCGGAAGCCGUAAGCCCCAACAGCGGAUGUCUAGGUCUGAAGAGGUUGACGGCGCCUUUUGUAAACACUGGUAACAGUUCGUUGGUAUCGUGGGCUGGACAGUCUUUCCCUCAGGGUGAGGCGAUAGGCAAUGUGGUAGUUGAAAUGGUCGGGGAAGACAACGCGGUCGACGUGAGAGGUAGCGAGGCAGUGCUCGUGUUUUUCGACAAAGGCGACAUAUAUGGCCUAUAG